GCACGCGCCGUCUGAAACCAGAAUGUAACAGGAAGAAGCUUCAGAAACGCAUCAACAACCAAAGUCCUGUGUUUAUCUAGUUUGGCAUGAAUGUAUUUCAGGGCACCUGUGAAAAAACCUUAAGCUUCUUCGCUGUUUUUGUAGUCGUGCUCGCCGCUGUUUUCUAUUACCUGGAGAAUUCAGAGACUUACGAGAUACAAAGAAUGGAUCUGAAUGCAAUGGAAGAGAACUACCGGCAGAAGAACAAAACAUGCUUCAUUCUCGGUGGCUCUGGUGAAACUGGAAAAGCUUUGCUAAAAGAGCUAGUGGAGCGAAACAUCUUCUCCAGGAUCACUCUCAUUGGACGAAGACAGUUAACCUUUGAGGAUAAAGCCUAUGAAAAUCUGGUUCAAAAGGUGGUUGAUUUUGAGAAGCUGGAUGAGUAUGCAGAUGUAUUUCAGGGCCAUGAUGUUGGAUACUGCUGUCUAGGAACAACCAGAGCCAAAGCAGGAGCUGAAGGAUUUGUGCGUGUGGAUCAUGACUACGUACUCAAGUUGCAGACUGCCAAAGCAGGAGGUUGCUCUCAUUUCAACCUCGAAUCCUCCAAAGGUGCAGAUAAAACCAGCAGCUUUCUCUACCUGAAAACAAAGGGACAGGUUGAAGCCGAAAUUGAAGAGCUCGGGUUUGAGCGGUUGUCCAUCUAUCGACCUGCGGUGCUGUUGGUUGACAGACAGGAAAGUCGGCCGUCAGAGUGGAUGGCUAGAAAGUUCUUUGGUGCUUUCUCUACAGUUUUCCCCACAGCCAUGUCUAUUCCCAUCACAUCAGUGGUCAGAGCAAUGGCUGUCAACACACUUAAAGAUGGAGAGCAGAAAGUGGAAAUUCUCGAAAACAAGGCCAUACACACUCUCGGGAAAGUUGGAGACAAGAAAUAGACUUUUGAUUGUGACUUGUU